AUGGGUAGUUCAGAGGAAAAUGUGUUUACUACUGAAAAUAAAACUGAAUGUGAGCUCAUCGAAAAUGAAGCCGGCGAUAUAUCUGAAAACGAUGUCAACGAAUCUGCGGAGCUAUCGCUUAAUAUGAGCGCUUCAUCAAACGCACUUACUGCAAAUGAUGGUAAUUCUUCUAAAGAGGGAGAUACUUCUGUUGCUGGAAGCUCAAAGAAGACUAAAAAGAAAUUUAGACAUGGCAAAAAAGGUCAUGUUCCUUCUAAGGAUAAUCAAGAAAGAUGUACCCUAAGAAGAGUUCACCAUCCCAGCACAAAGUUUAAACAAUGUAAGAAACGAGCACAAAGUUUUCCAUCUAUAUCAAAAUUUUUCCUCCCUUACAAAAGACCGCGCAAGGAAGCAUUUAUUCCACCCACAAAAUUUCUUCUUGGCGGGAAUAUUUCAGAUCCUUUGAACCUUAACAGCUUACAAGAUGAAGAUGUAAAUAGAGCUAUGAAUGCUGUAACUCCAGAAUCAUCACCCUUACCUACACCACCAAGGCACAAGGCUAAGAUAGAUGUUAUAAUUCCACCCAAUAUUAGGGAUCCACUUAAUCUCAUGGAGCCUUUAGAUAAUGAAGAAUACGAAAAAAGGCUAGAAAUGCAACAGCGAAAACCUCGAAAGAAACCUAGAAUAAGGAGGCGCACAACAGAAACAAAUACACCUGCAAUAGAGGUAACUGUUGAAAAGGAAGAGGGCAUAAAAGAACCAUUACCCCCAGAGCCAUCUACAUCCGUAUCAAAGUCAAGAAAGAGAUCCUGUAGUGAAAGUGAAAAUAGCUCUCAAAAAGGAAAAGAUGGUAAGAAAUUGCGCAGAAUGGAUUCAUUGGAUAAAAUAGUAAGUCCAGUAGUGCCACAACCUGGAGCUUGGAUGAGAGCACGACCACAGCAGCGUACUGGUACUCAAGAUCGUCCAGCUUCUCCUCACAGGACUAAACUUAAAAGUGUGUCUGAGGAAGAACAAAAGUUGCCAACAUUUCAUCCCAAAAAUUCAAGAUACCAGUAUGGAAAUUAUGAUAGGUAUUAUGGUUAUCGAAACCUGAAUGCCAUGAUGGAUAUUCGGCUGCAAGUUUUUGAAAUGCAUCGUCAUCUAUUUCAAAACAAAGAUGUCUUAGAUAUAGGGUGCAACGUUGGACAUAUCUCCAUAGCUGUUGCUAGAACUCUUGGAGCAAAGACUGUUCUAGGAAUUGAUAUUGAUCCAGUGCUCAUUGGAAGGGCAAGAAAAAACUUAAGAUCCUUCAUACCAGUACCAGCAGAGCAACCAAAGACAGAAGAAGAUAAAAAAGCAGAUGGUGACGAGAAAAAAUUAGAUUGUGAUAAAUGUAAAGAGGAUAAAUGUGAAGACUGUAUUUCUGCGGACCAGAAACAUGAUAAAGAAGAUGAUUCUAAGAAGGCACUGUCAGGAAGAAAGUUGCGGAAGCCGAGGAAAAAUAGGAAGUCAAUUAACAAACAGGAGCAUGGACAGUGUUUUUUCCCUAUGUCUAUGUCUAUGAUGUUUGGACCUCUCGGGGAGCCGAAGGCAGAUGUUUUAAAUCAAGGUUUCCCAUACAAUGUCACAUUUAAGCAAGGUAACUAUGUACCGCGUGAGGAAGUAGCAGUGGGUUCUGGUAUGGAAAGUCCCCAGUUCGAUUUGAUUUUGUGUCUAUCGACAACCAAGUGGUUGCAUUUGAACUGGGGUGAUGCUGGGCUGAAGAGGGCAUUCCGUCGGAUGUUUGCAGAUCUGCGUCCAGGAGGCAAGCUCGUGUUGGAAGCACAAAAUUGGGCUAGCUACAAAAAGAAGAAGCGUUUAACUCCAACCAUAUAUGAAAACUUCAAUUCAAUUGAGCUGUUCCCGAAUAAGUUUCGGGAGUAUCUCCUAUCGCCGGAGGUCGGUUUUAGCAAGUGUUGCAUACUGGGAGUGCCGCAGCACGCGAGCAAGGGCUUCAGGCGGCCCAUACAGCUGUACGUGAAGGGCGACUUCACACCGAGCAAAGUGUGCUGGUCGGAUGCGUACGCGCCGUCUUCACACCACAGGUCCGAGGCCGAGCCGCCGCGCCGCACGGUGUACGCGCCGGUCGCGCCCGCCUACCGGCCCAGCGACGAUGCGCCCUCCUGCGGCGCCGUCACCCCCUACUCCCCCAACCUGGACUGCAGUGCGGACGACUCCCCCUUCUACAACCCUCGUAGCGACUCAUACGCGCCCUCCUACCAGCCUCCGAGGCCUACGGUGUACGCGACGUUGCCCUCCCCGCGGGGCGUUGCCUCCCCCGCCGCGUCCCCGGCCGCGUCCCCCGCGCCGCACGCGCCCCCCGCCCCCGACCCCCUGUCGGCCCGCGGCUACCCCCCGCCCGAGCGCUUGCACGACGAC